AUGGACGGAUCAAUGUUUGAUACAACUUUCUGUAAAGAUCAAGUAAAACUUGCGGAAGAACAAUACCAAAGAGGCAAUGUCAUCGGAGCCAUGCAAAUCGUGAGUGCCUUAACGUUUGGUUUUCCAAACUCAUCUGCCAAUCACUAUAAGAUCUCACAAACUCUUGUGGCGUAUGAAAUUCACUUGAGAGUCCUGCAAGAUGAUUUUACACAGUACGAUAUCCUGGAUAUCUCAGACCCGUUCUGUAGCUAUAUGGAUAUCCACAGAUCGUACUAUGACCUUGUGGAUAAGCUUUGUCCUGACAGAAACAAAUCUGUUGCUGCCAAGUCAGCUUUUGAGAUUAUCAAUACCGCAUGGAAGGUCCUGUCCGAUCCUGGGAGACGAAGAGCUUACAACAGCAAACAAGGGUUCACAAGGAGGAUCAUAUAUCAUGAAAUUGGACCGCAUCAAUCAAUAAGGCAGGAGAACCGUCACUACAUCCAAAUUGAUUCUGAUUCUGAUGAUGAUUUUAAUUCUGGUUCUGGUUAG